GCUGGUCUCUCCCUGCAGUCUUCACAUCCUCAACCGUAUAUCGCAUCCCUCAGAUCUCUAUCAGAAGAGCGCCCUAUCGUAUAUCAUCGCUAUACUCCACCACCGACUGCAAGACUCAUUUGGCGACCUCGUGCCUUUCGAGCGGCUUCCCCUUAGCUAACCCUCAGCCUCACCCCCUCUCCCUAAUAAGGCGCCCAAUUUGCAUGCUGUCAUAUUGGAUCGAUUCCCAGCCCUGAUCAGGGCUGUCCGCAGGGGCAUGGCCGAAGCAGCCAACAAGUCCUCUCUGGCGAGCUCAAUCUUCUCGUGGUCCAGGAGCAGUACCCCUCCGCCCAAGUCACCGCUACCGAAACCAACCGAUGCAUCCCCAGCCCUCAAACAGUCGUCGGGUCUUGACCAUACUGUCAGUCUAAACCGAUCUCCAAGUCUCCGCAGGUAUCCCAAGGAUUGUCCUCCUCUCAAGCCGAGGUGGUACUACGCUGUCGACGUAGCCAAGCGGAAACCUUUCGCCCCAGACCCAACACCUGAGGAAAAGGCCAAACCGCCACCAGUCCCGAAGAAGUUGGUACCAUUCUCGGCCUCAGACUCCCAGAGCAUUGAGAAGGCUUAUCAGAGCCUUGCUCAACGGAACCAGAAUAGAGAUGGAGCUACCGAGCCCGCUUCCCUCACCACGGUCCCUGUGAACGAAGACUUUUUGUACGAUGUCGAUAUCGAGAAACGUGAACUCCUCCCUGCGUACUGGCUAGGCCCCGUCUACGAAGUCCGCAGAGGUACUUGGUUCUUCGCAGAAAAUCCACUGAGACCUUGCGACGAGAAUCUAGCGAAUCAACUCGAAGAAGGCUACAUCAAAGUAACUCCGUGGAGACGGUUAAACUUACAAUCUCCUCGUUCAGCAUCUCAACCCAGAACUCGGCCGAACUCGGCAAUUCUCGACGGCUCAACUGCUCAACCCCUGGGCAAGUCACCUCCUUCCCAGGAUGACAGUCAUCCUGCAGGCCCAAACACAUACCGCUUGUUCGGAACUCAUAUGAACACAACGGUCACAUACCUGGACGAUACUGUAGCCUAUCUGACAACGGAUGAUUUCCUCUCACGCGUCAGCAGUACUGUUUACGGCAGGUUUAUUGGAUAUGGUGGCACGAAGGUAGUUCGUGGUUGGUCUGAUACUAAGCUUGCCGAUCCGCCAAAGGUCGAUCAAAGAGACGAUUCCAAAUCGACCGAGCCGACCAGCUCCAAAGAGAAACGAAGGUCUGCCAAAAUCCCUCCAGAGGCUCCUGGCGCUGGAGAAGAUAAAGUUCAGGCAAAGAACAAAGACAACGUUGAGAAGCCUCGGCGGACUGCGUUGGAACGCCAGAUCUCGUCGCUAGCAGGCCUUCCUAGGGCUGACGAUUCCGACGACUUGGGUGAAGAGGAGGAAGCCCGAGAACAGGAAGAACGCGAGAUGGAAGACGCCAGGGAAAGAGAUGGAGAAGACCAAGCCAGACAGAUUGACCACUUGGUGCUCGUGACCCACGGCAUCGGCCAACGUCUCGGGCUUCGCCUCGACAGCAUCAACUUUGUCCACGAUGUCAACACUUUGCGCAAGACCAUGAAAGCUGUAUACGAAUCCGCCCCUGACUUACAGGCUCUAAGUGGGGAUCCGAAGAAUUGCAGAGUCCAAGUGCUUCCCAUCUGUUGGCGGCACAAGCUCGACUUCCCCAAGCAGAGUCUAAAGCAAAACCGCAAAGAGUAUGACAUUGGAGAUGCUGAUGCCUUGUUCGAUGAUGACUAUCCUUCAUUGCAAGACAUCACAGUGGACGGCGUACCAGCGGUGCGCAAUCUGAUUACCGAUUUGGCUCUGGACGUCCUCCUAUACCAGAGUGCUUACAGAGAACACAUCGCGUCCAUCGUACAAAAGGAGGCAAACCGAGUUUAUCACCUCUUCAAAGAACGAACGGGCUUCUCAGGAAAGGUUAGUUUCUGCGGCCAUUCUCUCGGAAGUGCAAUCUGCUUUGAUCUCCUGUGCAGACAGGAAGAAGAUCUCAAGACACGACCGAGACGGGUUUCCAGCAAAACAUCACGAGACCAUGGUAUUGAACAAAAAGACCUUCGUCUCGACUUUGAAGUGGAGAACUUCUUUGCGAUUGGCUCGCCGGUUGGUCUCUUCCAGAUGCUCAAGGGGAGGACGAUUGCAGCUCGACCUUCUCCCGGUGCCAGUGCAUUUGGAGCCACUGUCGUGCCGACAUCGCCAUUCGACCCGGACCCCAUGAGAAAUGACCCCUUUGACAGUGUUGCUUCGAAAUUGACCGCCGGCAACAGCUCCACCGGUCUGAUACCCAUUACUACCUCUUCACCCAAAUGUAAUGAACUGUUCAACAUCUUCCAUCCCACCGACCCUAUCGCUUAUCGCAUGGAACCACUCAUUUCACCAGCAAUGGCGCAGCUAAAAUCCCAACCCAUCCCCUACACCAAGAAAAACCUCUUUGCCGCUCCCGGUAUUUCAAACAUUUCUGAACGGGUUGGCCAGCAAAUCAUGUCGAGCUGGUACAAUCUUACCUCGGGUGUGGCGUCCAGUCUGAUUAAUAGAAGCCUGGGCAUUACUGGUGAGGAGCAAGCCCUGUCUCAGGACAAAGCCAAGGCCGUGAACGCGGUCAAAGAAGGCAGCCAAACAGGUCCUCAGCUCGACAUACCUGUGGCAGAUGAGAAGAAGCAGCAAGACGUCGCCGAGGCAGCCAAAUCGUCCCCGUCAACGGAAAAGGCGCCCACCCUCAUCGACUCGGAAAUGGAAACACUUUAUGCGGGUUUCCAGAAGCUUCAGGUUGUCACCGACGCAUCCGAUGACGAGGCUCAAGCACGCACUUCUACGGAGUUCCGCCAGUCGCAGGAGAGGGCGCGGAAGCUCAAGCGUGAAGAAGCCAAAGUACGAGCAUUGAACAGUAACGGCCGAGUCGAUUACCAUAUCCAAGAAGGCAUGUUUGAUGUGUCCUUGCUCGCUAGUAUCGCAAGUCACUUGAGCUAUUGGGCGGACGAGGAUGUCAAUCACUUCAUGGUUGGACAAAUGCUGAAAACGAAAGGCAGAGAGCGGGAGAGAGCUAGAGGAGCAGAGGACGCGUGGUGAUUGGAACGAGACGUUGGAUAGACCGUCUUGAGGCUCGAGACCUAUAUCCGGUGAUGUAAAUCCUGACCUUUACCGACUCUCUCUCUCUCUCUCUCUCAAACUUGGAACCCGAGUCGCGCUGCAUUGUCUCCGCUUCAUAGUGAUAUCCCCUAUAGAUCAAUCUUAUCUGUACUUUGUACAUCUCUGGAUCUAUCCCCC